AUGGAACUAAAGAAUUAGAUUCUGUUGGUUAUUCUAAUUCCAAUCAUCCUUAUUCUUAUGUUGGCAGUCUUAUAAGUUGGAUUGUUAGGUUUUGUAAGCAUUCCAAGUUUUCAAGAUUCUCUCCUUGACUUUCAUAUAAAUAGACACUUAAAUGGUCUUUAAAUUGAAAUGAAUAUCAUUGAACAAGUAAAAGACCAUCAAAUUUUAUUAGGAAAUAUAUAUCUAAUAUUAAGCAUACUUUAAUCAGAUUUUCGGAGUGAGUGCACAUUUGAGACAUUAUUGUUUUGGGGAGUUCUAAAAUUAUUCAAGCUGGUAAGUAUUUUAAUUUAGUUCAUUCUAGGACUUUAGAUGACAAAUAGCUAAGUCUCAAUUCAUUCACUUCAUCCAAAAAAGAUUCUUAAGACUAUAAGAUAGCAUGGUCACAUUCUAAAUAUUAGACUUUGACUGAAUUAUAAAACUAAAGUCCUAAACUUUAUUUUUAACUAACCAAAGCUGCCUAAUCUCUGAUUUUAUCUGAUAUUAUAAUUAAGUAAAAUUUGAUUUUAACUUUUAGCAAUACUCGUUCUCUUAAACAAGACCUAAAUUUGAAUACAACGACUGAAACAGCAACUGAUACUGAAGCACUCGUACCAAUUAAUUAUGCUGCUACUAUGAUACAUUGCACUGACUCUUUCGUUAUAAGGUUCCCUUAGUUUACUGAGGCUUAACAAAAGAAACUUACUGGUUUCAAUGUCUCAUAAUGGUUACCUGAGACUCCUAUGUCAUUAGAUCCUACUUUGAACUUCACUAUGAAAUAUGAUAGAGCCGAUGAAUUUACUAGUGGACCAUCCAUUAGUAUAACUUAAAUAGUUCAUCAAACAGAUAUAACCAAAUGUUAUAUGACUGCCAAGGUUCUUAAUUCUUACUUAGAAGAUCUAACGACUAGACAUCUUUAAUAACAUGAAUCUUAGGGUGAAUAAGAGCAUCAAUUAUUUGUUGCUAUCAUAAAUGAAGAAUAUACAGUACUUUCUCCCAAAAAUUAUUCUAAUCGUAAUAUCACUUAAGCUAUCGUAUAAUAUAUUAAUGAAACUAAACAUUUGAGUAAUUUUUCAUAUACUGACUUAAUCUCGAAGAUGGAUGUUCCCAUUUAUGAUAAGAUCAAAGAAUUAAGAACUAAUGAUACUCUCAACAGUACUUAAUUAAUCUAUUCAUUUGGAACCUAUAAAUUCUAUUUGCUCUUUUCAGAAGUAACAACCACUUCAUCAAAAAGAGUAUCAAUAGUAACUGCUCCUGAAAAUGGAAGAAGAUAUGUUUAUAUUGAACCUGAAGUUAAUGAUUUUAAAAUGCCAACUUUUAUUUUAAUUCAUUACUUUGAAGAGAAUGUUUUGAUUUAAGAAUUGUAUGAAGGAACAUCUCUAAAUAAUGUAAGAAUUCUAGAAAUUAUUGUGUUGAUUGUUAUUAUUGUUUUGUCAGUAGUUAUAUUUUUGUUUGUUUGGUAUACAGCAACUAGAAUAGGAUUGUCUUUUGAACAGCCAAUUAAAGUUUUGACUGAAUUCAUGAAUAGUAUAGAUAUCUAAAAUAUGGAUUAAGAAGAAGAAUUAAUUAAUUAUUAAGAUUAUUUUAAUUCAUUUGAAAUUAAAUCAUUAUUUCAAACUAUGAAUAUAUUUGUUACUACAAUUAAAUACUCAAAUCAGAAAUAUUCCAAUUCAAAGCAUUCUGAUGCUAUAGCUUUAAUGGAAUUAAGUAGAGCUAAAGAUUUUUAUAAGAAAGAAAUCGGAAAUAUGAGUGCUGUGGGCAUUUGUGCUAAUAAUAUUGGAAUUUUACAUAUGAAAGGUGGAAGAGUUUUUGAAGCUGUUAAUGAGAUGGAAGAGGCUAUAUACAUUGCAAAAUUAGAAUUAACGGAAAUUAAAGAACUCAAAAAAUGGUGUACAACUAUGAUGGCUGCAUUACAAGAACCUAAUCUUUAUCAAAAUCUAAGACUGAGACUGAAAGGUCUUGCUAAUAAAUUUAGAUAAUAAAUAGAAAUCACAUGGAUCAAGAAAUUAUAAAAGAAACAAUAAGAAGAAUAAAAAAAUGAAACUAAUACAUAAAUUAAAGGAACUUCAUCUUAAAGACAAAAAAAUGUAUCAAAUACUUCUAAAAAUAUUUCAACUACUGUUAUUCAUUCAAAAAAUAUUCCACAUAUGGCCUUGAUAAAUCCUUAAUCAAGUUGUUCCAGCAAGAAUACUCAAUUAGCAAGUGUGGCAGUAAACUCAGUAACAACUCCCAUCAAUAAAAAGAAAAGAACUUUAACUUAUGAGAAGAGUUUGAAUGAUUCCAAAAAGGGACUUUAACCAAUCAAUUAAGUAGAAUAAGAGAAUUCAAACUAUUAUUCCCCUUAGCUAUCUCCUAAUGUGAGCAACAAUAGAUCCAAAUAUCUAGGUUAAUCUUACAAUUAGAGUAGUAUCAUGCAGAGUCAAAGGCUUGAUAUGAAAGAAAGCAUUAUCAACUAUGAAGAUAAAUAGAAUAAUAAUCAAUUAGAAGAAAGAGAAAGAAAUAAUUCAGGAUCGAGUGAUGUUCAAAUGUCUGAACUCUAGAUGAUUAAAGAGAAAUUAUCCGAAUUGACUAAAAAGAAAAAAUUAGCUAAGGCUAAAUUAUUAAAUAGAUAAUUUUAAUUAGCUUAAUUUAUGUUCAACAUAUGUAUGUAAUAUUCAGAUGUAUUCAUUCCUGAAACUUUAAAAUUAUUUACUGAUUUUGAGGCUACUGCAGAAAAAGAUUAAAGAUUUACUCAAUCAAAGAUAGUGCGACUUAUCAAUUUGCAUGUAAAAAAGGCUUUAUGUUAUAUAUAAAUUGGAGAUAUCAGCAAUUUUUAACUUUCAGAGCAAAAAGCUGAAGAAUAUUAUAAUAAGCUUAUUUAAGAUAAUGCGAACUUAGAAUAAGCUUAAUAAAAUGAGGAAUAAGAUUUCAACUUUGUAGAUAUGUUUAAAAAUGUUCCAAAAGAAGUUCUUUUUUCAAAAAUCAGAUAGUUAAAGGCUAUUUAUUAACUUUUAAGAGGAAACUUUAAAACAGCAGCUGAAAUUUUAACUGAAAUAAUUGAGAUGGGUGAUUAUUAUGAUCCAGAAGUCAGAGAUUUUUGUUUAAUGGUGUUAGAGAAGAUAUUCAAAUUGUUUAAUAUCUCUCCUUAACCUAUUUAGCAAUUUCGAAACUAGAUCUCAAUUAAUGUUUAUGAGAUAGUAUUUAUGAUAGAUUAUUCUAAAGAGAUGAAUAUUGAGUAGAUUAAUCUUUCUCAUAGUAUUUGCACAAAGAUCUUUUCUAUUCUUUAACCCUAGGAUUUAAUAGGAAUGUAUGGUUUCAAUAACUCUCUACAUGAAGCCUUUCCACUUCAACCAAAAGGAACUUAUAAAGAUCUAUUAAAUAAAUAAUUAUAUAUGGCCAUCACAGCUCCUGGAGGUAAUUCCAGAUUAUAUCAGGCUCUUCGAUUUGCUGUUAAAAACUUCUUUGAACAUAAAAUCAAUAUUUCAAAUGCUAACAAAACAAAUGGUAAGUAAGAUGAAUAAAAGAACAAUUUCAAAAAGGAAUGCAAUAAUUUUACAAUUCAUGAAGAGAAUGAACAAGAUUUAUCUUAAUCAUAAUUUCCACCAUUAUCUAAUAAUGAAGAUCCUAAAUAAAAGUAUUUAUAUAUUUUAUUUUAGAGCUGAGGAAUCCUAAACAGAAGGAGAACAAGAUACUGAUUCAGAUAAUGAUGAUAUUCAAUUUUUCAAAAAUGGAAACAAUGCUAAUCUUAAUGCUAAAAGUGAAGAUAAUAUUGAUCAAUAACAAUAUGAUUUUAGAAGUAGAUAUAAGUUUAUUUGUAUCUUCACAGAAAGUAUUAAUUAAUUUGAUUAUUAGUUAAUAAGCACAUGUGUUAAAAGUAAGAGGAUAAACUUAAACAAUUACUUGAAAAGAAUUAGGUUGAUUUGAUGGUGUUCAAUAUAGCCAAUUAAAAUGCAAAUAUGCUAGAGUUGAAAAAACUUUCAAAAAUAACACCCAGAAGCAUUUUUGUAAAUGCUACAGCUAACCUUGAGUAAUUGUUUGGAAAGUCAAGAUAAAACUAACUUUAAAAAAAGAUGUAUUUAGAAUUCUUCUGAUUCAUCCAAAC